GUUUCCUCUUCUCAACCAGAACCACCAUGGUCAGACCCAGAGUAUUCUUCGACAUCACCGUCGACGGCGAGCCCAUUGGCAGAGUCAUCUUUGAGUUGUUCAACAACACUGUGCCUAAGACCGCCGAAAAGUGGCUUUAGAGCACUAUGCACCGGAGAAAAAGGUAUCUCCCCGCUGUCGGAUCGGCCGUUGUACUACAAGAACAGUAUCAUCCAUCGCUCCAUUAAGGAUUUCAUGGUUCAAGGCGGAGAUUUCACCAAGCGCAAUGGAAUGGGUGGCGAAUCGAUAUAUGGCGGUCCAUUUCCCGACGAAGACCUCACUCGUCCUCUAGAUUCCGAGGGACUUCUCUGCAUGGCCAAUAAGGGACCAAAUACCAACGGAUCACAGUUUUUCAUUACCCUCCGCGAAUGCCCUCAUCUCAAUGGAAAACACGUUGUCUUCGGACGUGUCAUCCGAGGAUACGACGUCUUUCAGAAGAUUGCAGAAGUUCCGACGGACGAGAAGGACCGACCGGCCGUACCUGUGGUCAUUGCUAACUGUGGAGAACUCGUCCUUCGCGCCAAGCCACAAGAAUCCAAACCGGAAGCAAAAGCGAAAUCUCGCGAGAGGGAAGUCCCCUCUUCUGACGAAUCCGAGCAUGAACGUGAACGCCGGAAGAAACGAAGACAUCGACACCGGUCUCCCUCCCGAAGUUCAGAUGCAUCUGUCUCUCCUUCCGAAGAUGACCGACGCGAACGCCGAAAACAUCGCAAAAAGAGUACACAUAAGAAGCGUGAUCGUUCUGAAUCUCCAUUGCCGUCGUCGAAGACUGAUGAUAAGAAGAAGACCGAUGACGAACCCAAGGAAGAAACGGAGGAGCAGUAUGAUGCCCGGUUAGAGAGGGAAGAGAAAGAGCGCUUGGAGGCGGAGAAGAGGCGGGAAUUGGAAAGGAUGAAAAGAAGGUUAGAGUCAACUCAGUCAACUACGAGUGGCGUCAGAUUCAAAGGUCGAGGUCGCAUGAAAUAUGUUGACCCUGAGCUACAGCGCGGUGGACAUUCAUGACGCAACUGAAUGAGGGAUUGGAGUCAUGCCAGACACGUUGUAUAUACAGUGUAUCCAUAUAUCCGAUACUACAGGACAUAGUCCAUCUACGUGCUGCUCCCUUACUUUUCUGCAAGCGAUGUGUUAGUUAUCGAAAGGAUGCAUAGAUAUGUGCAGCUCACUUCCAUGUCC